AUGGAUAAAAAGCGACAGAGUAAGAAGAUCAUCUACAAAAAGAACGACGUGCUAAAUUUUGGCGAAAGCGGAGGAGGGGAGGAGAGGGUUUGGAAAUUUGGCGAGUACGGCGAGUAUAGCGAUGAAGGGGGAGGAGAAUUGGCGAAGAGGAAGAAAAAGCACUUACCAUACGCUCGUCGGAAGAUCCUUUCCAUACAAAUGAGGUUAAUUGCCAUUCUUUCUUUGAACUCAUUGAGCAAUUUGAGGUCUAGGCGUAGUCCGAAAGAGGAAAAAUUGAAGUGA